AUGAUCGUCGGAGCCAUGUGUGCGGUUACUGGAGUGCUUACGAUAGCACUACCCGUGCCAGUUAUUGUCUCCAACUUCUCCAUGUUCUAUUCGCACACCCAAGCGCGCUCAAAGUUGCCGAAGAAGAGGCGGCGUGUACUGCCAGUGGAGUCUAUAAGGCCCAAGACAAAGACAAUCAGCCCUCUUGACCGCAUCGGAACUGCGCGUUCGCGAUCUGUCUCCAAGACCUAUCUACCUGCACUGUCUGACGGCAUUCAUCCAAACAAUCACGCGUUUGGGCGAGCCAGUUUUACGUCUCAGGAUGAGAAGGAUGACGCCUACUCCAUUGUUCAACAACUUGAUGGCCCAAAACCUAUUUCGCAGAAUCUCUUUACAAGGCGAACUGAUAUCGUCGAACUUCCAAACCCUGACCAACUCUCCGAGAAAACUCAUGGCCUGCUGACUAAAGGUUUGAGGACUGGCUAUAAACCUCCCUUGAUAUUCUUUUAUUUCUGCGCUAAAUAUUCACUUUCCCAAAACACCAUCAUUUUUUUAACUUAUAUAUUAUUUUAA